AUUGCAGCAAAAUGGCGUGAACGUGAGAACGCUCCCUGCCCGGCGCCUCCUUCCCUCAUCAGAAUGGAAGAGGUUCGCCCUAGGUGAGGAGGGGAUUUGCACAUAUUCCUCCGGCAGCCGCUGCGUAAGAAGAACGGCUGGCGCCCUCCCCCGCCCUCCGUCCGCUCCCCUUCCUGGUAAACCAGCACGACGGCGGCGGCAGAAGCCUGCCCGGACGCAUCCAAUGUAGUUGGUGGUGGGACAGUCCUCCUCGCUGAGCCUAGCGUGCGCGCGCGUUGCCCUCCCCAGGCAUGUGUGUGAAGUAAGGGGCAUGACCGCCUUCUCCAGCCGCCUUGGAGGAUGGAUCUCCAGACUGCCACAUUCAUCUGCUGCUGCUGCUUCUGGCCGCUCAUCGGGCUCCCUCAUGCUCAAGGCAUUGAUUGCAAACCUGGUUGCCAUCCAGUAAAUGGGUUUUGUGAAGUUUCAGAUGAAUGCAGGUGUCAGCCUGGUUGGCAAGGGCCAUUCUGUGAUCAGUGUAUCCCUUUCCCGGGUUGCGUGCAUGGAAGCUGUGUCAGACCAUGGCAGUGUGUCUGUGAAGAAGGAUGGAUCGGCAGCCUUUGUGACACAGAUAUACAUCCAUGCUCUUCAAAACCUUGUACAAGUAAUUCAACUUCUUGCAUAGAAACUGGUGAUGGUGGAUACAUUUGUGUGUGCGCUCAAGGAUAUACAGGAAAAAACUGCCACGUGAAAAAGGGGCCAUGUAUAGUUAAUGGCUCUCCCUGCCAGAAUGGAGGAACCUGUGUGGAUGAAGAUGGCUUUGCAUCUCACGCUUCCUGUCUGUGCCUCUCUGGGUUUACCGGCAAUUUUUGCGAAAUCGAUAUUGAUGACUGUGAGCCAUACCCAUGUGAAAACGGAGCAACAUGCACAGAUCUUGUUAGGGGCUUCAGCUGCCACUGCCCCACUGGGUAUGGUGGCCUGCUGUGCAGUCACCGUGUCACCAUCUGUGCUAGCAGCCCAUGUGAAAACGGUGGGACCUGUUUCCAGCACCCUGAAGGAGCAUUUGAAUGCAUUUGCAAGCCACACUUUGUCGGGGCCACCUGCGCUUCCUCCAGCAGAAACGCAAGUGAGAGCACAGAAACUAAACCCAGGCCAAAUUCCCAUCCACGUCCAAAAGCUCACCACAAGCCAGUCCGCCCACGAGAGCAGGAAGUCCUGACCAUAAAAGAAGAGACCAUCGAAAACAGGCCCUCCUUGCUCAGUAAGAGCCAGGUGAUCUGCUUCAUGGUUCUAGGCUUGCUGACAUGUCUUGUUGUGCUGGGCACAACCGGGAUCGUCUUUUUCUCCAGAUUUGAAACAUGGGUAGCCAAUGCCAGAUACAGCCAUCUGGUGCGCAAGAAGAGAGAUUGCUUCCUGAAGACAAACGAUGGUGAGAAUCUUUCCGUUAACAUCAUCUUCCCCGAGAAGAUCAAGCUGACUAAUGACCAUAAAAGCUAUACAACCAUCUAGUCUCUGUCCAUAGCCUUUAUAUAGUGACAAACACCAUCAAGCUUGCAUUACUUUUGUUGUACUUAUAAUGGUUGGCUUUUAAUUUUUGCUUAUGAAAGCAGUUGCUGCUUUGGGACCUGUUGUCAGAUAGGAAUUGUAUUGUACUGCUGUGGCCCUCGUAUUAACUUGGUAACUAACUAAUUUCUUCCCCCCUCAAAAACAGAGGAAAACUAAGUUCAUCUUCCAAGCUAAUACAAGGCUCAGAAAAAUCCACACGCUUUCCACCCUUCAACCUCCUCUAAAUGCACCCUUUACUUGCCUUCCUGGCUGUGCUAGCAGAUGGUGAGCAGUGAGAAGGGGUUUCUCCCUUCCAUUUCUGCUAUCCGGUUCAUAGUAUGUCAGAGAUGUUUUCCCCCUCCUCUCUGCUCUUCUGACCUGACAUCCUGGGCCAUUAGCGUGUCAGGAAGAGAGGUGUGGUGGCUGCUGGGAGUUGUAAUCUUUGCACCCUUGUAAUUAUACAAACUACAAUUCCCAGCAGCCACCACUUCUUCCAAUGCAUUGAGAAUUCAGCAUGUCAAGUCAGAAUGACAGAGGGAGUGAAGAGGAAAAGAGCCUCCUUAGUUCAGUGCUUUUCCUCUGGCAGGCCAUUACAUUGGAAAGGAAAACCAACAGAACUCCACUCACUGUUGCCGCUGCUGCAGAAAUGAGUAAAAGGUACAUUUUGAAGAGUUUGGAGGGCUGGUGGGAAGAAGGUGGACUUCUCCAAGAACGGAAAUGGCCCUUGCGGGGCUAUGGAAGUUUGCCCUUCCUUGAAGGAGGCUUUUUCGUGCCCCUUGGGUUGGUUUCCAAACCCAAGCCAGGAGAACUUUGUUGACAUCUCUUUUGGAAACGAAUGCAAUUUGACUUACUGCUUCAAAAAGACAGGUGAACCUUUGUGAAAUAAGAGAACUGUUGUCCUGUGUAGCAUGUCUGGAAAGUGUGUUACUCCUAAAUCACUUACCAAUGCUUAUUUUUAAUAAAUAGUAAUUAAGGGCUAAAUGGA